GCCUCCCGUUAACCGGCGGGUAACAGAGGGUCCGGUGCUCCGUGUUUACCGGCAGGAUGUUCUGUGAGAAAGUUACCGAGCUGAUCAGAGAACUGCAGCGGAGCAGCGACGGUCAGCUGCCCGCCUUUAACGAGGACGGGCUGAGGCAGGUUCUGCAGGAGAUGGAAUCUCUUUAUGAACAGAACCAGACUGAUGUCAACGAGGCGAAAACUGGUCGAUCUGACCUGAUUCCUUCUAUCAAACUGAGACACUGCUGCCUGCUGAGGAACCAGCGCUGCAUCACCGCUUACCUGUACGACCGGCUGCUGAGGAUCAGAGCUCUACGUUGGGAGUACGGCAGCGUUCUGCCCGCUAACGUUCGAUUCCACAUGUGUGCCGAGGAGCUGCAGUGGUUCAGCCAGUAUAAGAAGUCUCUGGCCUCCUUCAUGAGGUCUGUGGGGGGGGGCGAUGGACUGGACAUCACUCAGGACAUGAAACCACCCAAGAGUCUUUACAUCGAGGUGAGGUGUUUGAAGGAUCACGGAGAGUUUGAGAUCGAUGACGGGACGGUGAUCCUGCUGAAGAAGAACAGUCAGCACUUCCUGCCGCGGUGGAAAUGUGAGCAGCUGAUCCGUCAGGGCGUGUUGGAGCACGUCGUGUCCUGAUCCAUCAGUUUAUUGAUUAUUGAUUCCUGUUUGAUUU